AUGGUGACUACACGGGGUGCCACUGAGAACGACGGUAAUAUCAAAAUCGCUGAUAUGGGUAAGAAAUCCGUUGCAAAAAAAGCUUCAAAAAACAAAAAGGUAGUGUCAACCGGAGAAGCUUCAGUUCCUCCAUCUCCUGUGCAGUUGAGUAAGAAGAGACAUGCAAAUGAUUCACCUCCGAAAUCGAAGAAACACAAAGGCAUUUCCAGAACUGAAUCCAAGAAAUCUCCUCCUAAGGUUUUGAUUUGCAGUAAGUAUGCCUAUACAAAAGUUGAAAACGGCAUUUUGGAUAAGUACUUCAGCGGGCUGCAAUCUGUUUCUAAACAGACCCUUCAGGAUUUUUUCAAAGCUAGGCGUUGGGAGUCGGAGGAGGAUGGGUUUAAGAUAGCAUUUAUGCAUUUUUUGCAUAACUUCUUGCUUGCUUCACCGAGGACUGCUCGUAUCCCUUUGAAGGACUUUGACGUAGUUGAUUCGGCUGAUUUGAACGACUAUCCAUGGGGUAUUGACGUUUUCAAGUACACGUUUGAUUCUUUGUCAAAAAGAGCUGUUCUUAGUCCGGGAUCUCUUAUUAUUGAAGACAACAUUUACCAGUAUCGACUUCAAGGUUUACCAUAUGCACUGGUAUGUUGGUUCUACGAGUGUUGCCCGGCGGUGGAAAAUACCUUUGCUCAGCUAGUGAACAAAGAUGCUAUCCCGCAGAUUCUGAGGUGGCAAGCAUUCGUUCCUGCAAAAUACAUUGAUGUUGACAGAGAUUUAUUUGUUGAGAUUGCAUCCGAUGAGAUGAUUUUCCGAUCAAUUGUUCCAACCCCGGCAGAGAUGAAUGCCCUUCGUCUAGGUGACUUAUUCAAAAAAAUUAAGGGAAACGAGGAGGGUUAUUGUCCGGCAUUUAAUAUAUUGAAGGACGGUGAAUCAACGUCGAACACUUCGAAUUUAAAUGUUAUGGAAGAGAGGCUGGAAAUUUUGAUGGCUGGUCAAAAGACGAUUAAGGAUGAUAUAAUGGAUUUGAAACGUUUAUUCACUUCCAAAUGUUCCGAACUUUUGACAGUUGUCAAUUCAUUGAAUGAUAGGCUAACUCUGAUUGGUGAUUCUAAAACGGUUGAAAUUGAGAAACAUGAUGUUUCUGAUGGCUUGCAGACAAGGGUUGACAAAGGAAAAAAGGUUGUUCUUCCUGCAGAGGACAUUUCAGUGAAACCAAGUAAAAAUGGUACUUCUAUAGUAACGGAACGAGAAGAAAGGGAUGGUAGGGAGUCUGUUGUUCCUGUUUCUGCUGAUACUAAAGCUACUUCCAGCAAAGAAAGGGAUGGUAGGGAGUCUGCUGAUGAAGAAGAAGGUGCUGAAAAAGUCGAAUUGGAAGAUUUGGUUUGCGAGAAGGCUGUACUUGAAGGCAAGGAUGACCGUGGUGAACCUUGUGUUAUUGUUUCUUCCGAACACGUUGAUGUUAUCUCUCCGAAUUUUGAGGUUUCGCGACAAAGCGAGUUGAAUUUAAAAUCUCCACCAGAUGACACCAUCAAUCAGACUAAAAAAAAUGCAAGUGAAUCGAUUGCUGAAUUCAAAUCAAAGGAGUCUGGUCCUUCUUCCAGCCGCUUCAUACCGACGCAAACUGGUUGUAAAGUCCGUAUUUGUCCAUUUGAUGCUAAUCACAUUUUAUUCAGUGAUGCCACCAAACAAGACAUCAUUCAGAAUUGGCUGGAAGAAGGACGUCCUAAAGGGGCCAAAAGGCAAAGCUGGAUAUACGAUCCAAAGAUUGAUAAAUUCCAUCCUCGUCUUUCUCUUGGCGUGGUUGAUAUUGAAAAGAAAUCCUGGUUUUACCAUCUCUACCACGUUGGAAAGCCUCUUGAGUGUUCUCAUGUAUAUGUUCUCUUUUAUUAUCUGAGAAAGAAAAUAAAAUCUGGAUGUGCUGCAAACAGUAGAUGUACGUCAACUGAUAAUUUUUUUGAUCGGCGUAUUCAAACUCUCUACACAGCAUACAAGAAAAAGCAAGAUGUGUCACUUGUUUCUUUGAAACAUACAGUGGCUAUCUACAUUAAAGGUGGUGCUAUGCGUUGCAAUACGAAUUGGGCUGAUGUUGACGAUGUUCUUUUUCCGAUCAAUUGUGUUAACGAUUGGCAUUGGAUUUUGGCUCGCCUGAAUUUCAAGGAACGAUGCAUCUAUAUCUACAAUUCGUUGAGGUCGGCGCAAUAUGACAGAUCAGCAACUGAAUAUGUUACUUCUUAUAGUGUGUUGCUUCCACUAUUCCUUCAAGCUGCCAAUUUUUAUGAUUCUCGAGAUGACAUCGAUACUACUGCCGGUGCUUCUGAGGGAAAGAGAAUAACUGAUCCGUUCAGAAUAGAGAUUGUGGAAAACAUGCCUAUCCAAAAUGAUGUUGAUUGUGGAGUUCAUAUGUUUUCCGCUGCUGAGUUCUUUGUUGAUGGGAAAGUUAUGGGGCAUGAUUAUGAUGUCAAAGAACACCGUGCUCGUUACGCUUCGUCAUUAUAUUUGUAUGCUCGUUGGAAGGAAAGCUCUUCUUGUGUUAGUGAAGAUGAGGGUCCUCUAAAACUCAAGAGAACAUCUGCCUAGGGAGUGAAGAGGAAGCUAAUUUAUGGAGGUUCAAGAUGAAGAAUGUUAUUGAUUUUUGUUUGUAAAGAAAGUCUCCUUUUUGUCACACUUUUAUUUUGCUUGGAGGACAUAAAUGUCCAUUUAUUUCUUAUUUGAAGUCUAUUUUAGAGUAUUUGUAAAAACAGGUAAUUACAAUAUGUGUAGUGUUUUAGCAAAUUUCCGCAAAAUUG